AUGUUUGGACCUAUGGCUACUACUAAUACCAUCGCCAAUGGUGCGCCCUGUUGUCAAUGGAACGGCGGCGGUGACACCAUUGAAAGCCUCGCUAAAAGCCCCUCCUUCUUGCAUGGGUUUACCUCUGCUGCUGCUGCUUCUUCCUCUAUUGAUGGACCCCCCCUGCGGAGCGGAGAGACAGGAGCAGCAGAAGGAGAAGUUGCGGGGAGUGAGGGGAUGGCAUCUGGCAUACCUGGAGCGUGGAGGGGUCUAGGAGGGGAAGGAGGAGGGGGUGAAGCAGCUGUGCCAGUGGGUGUUGAUAUCCUGAACGAAGAGGAGAAUGAUGCUGAGGACAAAGAUCAUGGAGCGAUGGUAGAGAGAGCACUGCCUGUGGUGUUACCAGAGCAGUGCAUAGUAAGGGCUUUUCCAAUGAAUGCUGUUGCUGAUGAUCAACAUCAUGAUAAUGUUUCUGAGGUAGGAACCUGUAUCAUGCUGGAUCCUUCUGAAGUUGUAAUAGGAGGAUCAGGACAUUCAACUCCAGCAUCCAUGUAUGAUGUUACAGGUGCAAGCAGUGGGAGAAUAAUGGAGGGUGUUGUUGGCAUGGACGCUCGCAUAGUACAAAUGGGCAGUGGAGGAAGCAGACAGGCAGAAAACGAGCUCUCACAGACAGAGUACACCUGGCAGAAGCAGCAGCAACAGCAGCAGCAGCAGCAGAAGCAGCAGCAACAGCAGCAGCAGCAGCAGAAGCAGCAGCAGCAGCAGCAGCAGCAGCAGCUUUUUCCACAGCAACAACAGGUUCUCUCCAUCAGUAACUUCAACUCUGAAGCAGAUGCGGGUGCCUCUGCAUCCGUGAUUCGGUGUCAGCAGGAUUCACCUCAUUUGAGCCAGUUUGACCCUGGGCCCUUCCCUUCACGCCAUCCUUUUGUCCCGCCGCUUCAUCAUGCCCCCGAAUCAAACCUGAUCUCGUCCUCGGUGCAGAACUGCCCACUUCCCUUGCCGGCCUCCACCGCUUCCCUCUCCACGUCCAUUCCAUCUCCUCAUGGCCAUCGUCUUGCACAUUUCCCUCUGCCAUAG